AACAAGUAUUUUCCCGUUGUUACUAUUCAGCACGCAGCACUCAUUCUGGACUCCCAACGAGAGCAAACACACAGUUGGAGAUCUGAGCCGGACAAUUUCAAAGCAAAUACAAAUGAAAGCAACGUGGAAGGAAUGGGUUAAGCCGGAUCUCUGUCCAUUAUGCUGAGAUGGGGAGAAUUCAUCAUCCAUAGCGACGUCAUGUUUUGAACAGACAGGAAAAUCUGUAGCUUCUUUCUUGGGACGUCUUUGGAGGUUUAUUGCUGCCAGCUUGGCAGCCAACAUGCUCACUUUCAUCUCCAGGAAAGCGUCCGCUUCAACUCUUCUGGACCCUAAACUCUACUACCUCCUCCUAAAUCUCUGUUUUUGUGUAAAAGCUUGGCCACAUGAGGACAACUGCCCGAGCUCUGAGUGGAGCGUCAUGUGUCGCCCAUGCUGUGAGUACCACCUGAUCCAGUGUCGGUGUCCCUCAAAAGGCUCGAAGGUCGGCUACACUGUUCCCUGCUGCCGCAAUGCUCUGGAUCAGUGUGACCCCUGCAUCAUUCACCCAGGCUGCAGCCUGUUUGAGAACUGUAAAACCUGCCACAAUGGAACAUGGAAAGCUAAUGACAACUUCUUUGUCAAUGGAAAGUAUUGUACGGAGUGUCGCCAAGGCUGGAGCGGAGGGGACUGUAAAACAUGUGGAGGCGUCAUUCAGCGGGCUCAGGGUCACAUAGCCAUGGAGAGUUAUCCAACAAAUGCCCGAUGUGAAUGGACAGUGCAAGUGGAGAGGGACAGCAGCAUCGAGCUGAGGUUUUCACUGCUCAGUCUGGAGGCUGACCAUAACUGUCGGUACGACUACGUCGAGGUGCGCGAUGGCGACGAUCUGAGCUCCCCUGUGAUUGGCCGCUAUUGUGGGGAUCAGCUGCCUCCUCCGAUUGAAAGCUCUGGGAACCUCUUGCACAUCCUGUUCAGCUCGGACGGCUACAACAACUUUGACGGCUUUGUUCUGACUUUUCAGGAAAGUUCAUCCAUCAAGAAUCAGGCGUGUGCACUCCCAGAGAAACUGAUGAAUGGAUAUUUGCUGCCUGUAUACGGAACAAAGGAGGAGCUUGUGUCUGUAAACCACCGGUGCCAUUUACCUUUCACACUGAUCGGCUCCCAGCAGAGGAUCUGUCUGCCUAAUAGCACGUGGAGUGGCUCAGCUCCCACAUGUGUAAAAGGCCAAACAAGCCGAGUCCGGUGUCCCCCUCCACCCAAAUUGCUCAAUGGCUACCACAGACCCGCUCCAGACACAGCUGGAGCUGCAGAGGCCGUUGAGUUUUUCUGUAAAAAGUCCUAUAUUCUGAGUGGAAACCACCAGAGUACCUGCCUCUCUAAUGGAUCCUGGAGUAGCAGGCCGCCCAAGUGUGUGAGAGCAUGUCGAGAGCCCAAAGUUUCUGACCUUGUGCGACAAAGUGUCGUCCAGCCACAUCUGAUAUCAAGAGAGAAUCCAGACCAAAGAAUCCACCUCUCAUCCAGGUACAGCAUGCACGAUUUGUUGUCAGCUGGUUUUAUUCCCCUUACAUCGGACAAACGGUCAAAAGAAGACGACACCGCCUCCGUGGAGCUCCCUCAUGGCUUUCACCCAGUCCACACAAGCAUUGAGUAUCAGUGUGCCUCCCCGCUCUACCGCCACACGGGGAGCUCCCGACGCACCUGUCUGAAGUCUGGCAGGUGGAGUGGACGCCAUGUUUCCUGCUCACCAGUUUGCGGCAAAUUCGACACUUCCAGUCUAUACAACCUCACAGACACACCGUGGCCGUGGCAUGCUGCUGUCUAUAUCCGCUCAUCUCCUGAUCACACUGCCAGCACCAACAGGCCCCACCGUGGAGGAACCAUGUCCAUCCAGCAGGGGGCCUCAGAGGAGUCCACAUUCUGGUCCCUCGCCUGCAGCGGGGCUCUGCUCAGCCAGCGUGGCGUCCUGGUGGCAGCUCAGUGUGUGGUCGACAAGGACAAGCAGCAGACCCUUCACCCGGCACAUGUGAAGGUUGUAGUAGGCAUGCAGCACCAGACAUCCAAGGACCGGCUGAAGAGCCUGCCCCACCUUAGGGUUUCAGACAUUUUAGUCCAUCCAAACUUCUACUCAGCACCAGACUCCGACGUGGCUGUUCUCAAGCUGAAAGACAAGGCCAGGAUCAGUGAGCGUGUGUUGCCAGUGUGUCUACCCAGAGUGCAAGGUGGUGAAGUGACAGCGCAGGAGGCUCACACUGCGAGGUGGAUUUUACCCAACGAUCACAGGCACCGGAGCCGCGACACUCCCUCCAGCCAGACGAGACUGGUCGAGUUGGUUGAUGUUGCUCGGUGUGAAAGAGAGUUUGCUCAAGGAGGAGCACGAACCGCAGUGAUCAGUGACAAUACACUGUGUGUCAUUAGGACGCCGUCCCGUCCUCAAAGCCCUUGUACCAGCGUUAAUCCAGGUAUCACAACCACGCCAGCUGUGCUGUCAUCAACAACUGGUGUCCCGUCGGGUCACGAGGAGACUCCGGGAGCCUCCGGCACACGCUGGCACCUCCUCGGUUUGGAGAGUUUCAGCUAUAAAGAAGAGAACUGCCACCAACAGAUUUACACAGUUCAGACAAGAAUAGCCAACUUCCGAGACUGGAUAGAGAAAAACACAAAGUAAAUUUCCUCUCUAUCUCAUGUCAAGCUGAUUUCCAGCAACUUAAAUCUUAAAUGGUCAUUUCUUUCCAGUUUUGUACCAGCUGGUGGAAAUGGUGGAGAUGGAGCGGACAGUGAGAACACAUUUGCUGUGAUAAUUUCGUACCUGCUGUGUCAAUAUCCAACACAGUCUCAUGGCAGUUGGUGAAAUAGUCAUGAAACUGAACAUAUUUGAUUUGUGUACAUAGAAAGAAAUUUCCUUUUUUUCCGUUGACGCUCAGCACGACUUUCAACAACGUAUGUCCAGCAACACGGGACGCACAUGUCAAUUUCUGCUCCAGUCUUUUGAAAAUAAAACUACUUUGUUAUAGGUUUAAGUGUAAGGGUCACUUUCCACUCAGCAGGCUGGUUGGGUUAUUUAUCUCUGAGCAGAGGCAGCUGUGGAGCCUAAUUGUCCCUGAUGAGGAUCAGGUGGUUGAAGCCUGUAUCUACCCCUGGUUUCAGUGCUCAGGUGCUGACUCUGUCUCUUUGUCAAAGGUAGUGAGAGUGCUGUCCUGUUUUUUCCUCUAGCUGUAUAGGGGUGUGUGAAUCUGCAGAAGUACCACGUGAACCUAUCUGUGGGAUUUUCUCACCAUUUAGCUUCUUCUCAGAGUCUCUUUAAAGUGGGUUAGGUCUGUGUGACCUGCCUUCGCUGGUUCUUUUGUUUCAUUUAUGUUCUAGUCAGUAGCGGCGUUUUCGUUUUAGUCUUUUCAAGAUAUAUUGGGUGUAGGAAGCCUUCCUUUUAGGCCUGUUUUUAUUUGGCGUUUCCCCAUUCCCUUUAAAUCGCUUGCGAUUUUAGUGAUUAACCUUCGGGAUUAACUUUUUAGAUUCCCCUGGUCGGCAAUAGCAUCCCUCCCCCCCCACCCCCCGUUUCCCCUGACAUUAAGAAUAAAUUGACUUGGUUAGGUUUAGGCAAAAAUUCACUGAGUUAGGUCUAUGAGAAGAUGGUGGUUUGGGUUUAAAUAACACUGGAAGUGCUGUAACUUCAGUAUGAAAGUUACCAAUGAAUUUGACUUCUGGUUCCACACGGGACACGAACGCCAGUCUCUUGGGAGAAAGGUCCUGUGUUUUUUGACCCACCCAUCAACCCUGACCUCCUCCCUAGGCAGCGUUCGCCGCUCUUUACACUUCAUGGUUCACAAUUACAUAGUUCACAUACAAAUUGCUUUUGUGCUGAACAAAAUGUGAAAUUUCUGUCUAUGUACAUGUUUGUGACUAUUUAACACACUUCUGUGUGACUGGGCUGCAAUAUCAUAUGAUGUGAGAGCUGCUUUCCUGGCACUCUAUUUGUAUCUCUUAUGUGUGCAUGUUAUUGUUCAGUAUUUGGGCCACCUCCACUUCAAACAACUCAACGUGAGCUGGUUGAGAUACACACACCCACAUACACAUGAUCUUUGAAUGUUACCUUAUAACUGUGUGAGGUGUUUUUUUUCCUCAGAAUUUUUAAGAUAAAGGCUGCUCUUUAAAAAAUAAAGAAAUCCACCAGAUGCCAUUUUGAGUCUUUGAUGAACUGCACUCCACUCAGCUAGAACAAUAUGAAAUGAAGUCAAUGACAUUAUCACUGGCAAGAAAGAAAUCCAUAAGUCGGCUUAAAUUUACUGUUUAUCUUGUCGGCACUGUGUGCUUCUAGCUAUCUCCAGAUCCAGGCUUAAAACCAAAAGUGAGUUGACAUUCAGUCAUCAACAGUCCGAUUUUUAUUGUUUUUAUUUUGUCAUUUCAUUUUUUGUUUCAUUCUGUGCUUACGUCCUGAUUUUGGUUAGUUUCAGUCCAUGUAACUGUACCUUGUAAUUUUUAUUUUAAAUGGAGUUGCUUUUGCUGUCAUGAAGUAGUAAUAUCAUAUUAUAUCAUAUAACAUCAGAAAAUAAAAAUACAUU